AUGGAUAAAGUCCUGAACAGGCUCAGACCAACUAAGGAGUGGGACAGAGAGAGAAGGGGAGUAGGGAGAGUGGGAGAGAGAGAAAGAGGGAGUGGAGAGUGGGGGAGAAAGAGUGGAGAGUGGGGGAGAGAGGGAGUGGAGAGUGGGAGAGAGAGGAAGAGAGGGGAGAAUGAGAGAGAGGGAGUUGGGGAGAUAGGGGAGAUAGGGAGUGGAAGAGAGAGGGAGCCAGGAGAGAGAGAGAAAGGGAAGGGAGGGAGUGGUAGAGAGGGAAUGGGGAGAGAGGUAGUGGGGAGGGAGAGAGUGAGAGAGAAAGUGGGGAGAAUGGGAGAGAGGGAGUGGGGUGAGAGCAAGUGGCGAGAAAGAGGGAGUGGGCAGAAUGAGAGAGGGUGGGAGAGAGACGGGGAGUGGGAGUGGGGAGGAUGA